AUGAAUGAUGAAAUCCGAGCAUGGACUGAGACUGCAAAGGCAAAGAUAGAAGUUGCUAAAGCUAAAGCAGAAAGAUAUAGAAGUUCCUACAGCAUGGAUGAUAAUAGUAUUGGUGAAUAUUAUGUUGUUGAUUCUGGAUUUCCAUGUACCGUGGGUUUUCUUCCUCCAUUUCGAGGUGAAAGAUAUCAUUUGCAAGAAUACCAUGGUAGAGGUCGCCAACCAAGAGGACCAAAAAAAUUGCUUAAUUAUAGGCAUUCUUCACUUAGAAAUGUUAUUGAACGUUGUUUUGGUGUGUUGAAAAUGCGGUUUCGAAUUUUAAAAAUGAUGCCACCUUAUAAACAAAGUAGACAACCUUUGAUAGUUAUAGCUUAUUGUACGCUACAUAAUUUCAUUCGAAAGUGGGCACAAAAUGAUGUUAUGUUUAGACAAUGGGAAGAAGAAGAACAAGAGAUUGAAGAUGAAGAAGCUGAUACAAGUGGAUCAAACAAUAGUAUAGAUUUGUCAGACGAACCAACAAUAGUUAUGGUAGCUUAUCGAAAUCCGCUUUCACAAGUAAUGUAG